GCAAAUCCCAGGCAGCCACUGCGGGGCCCCAAGUGGAGGAGGGGGGGCCCUCUAAGAGCGAGUGGCGAGUCUCUCCUCACUCCUGUGCCCUUCCCCCACCUCCGCUGCCAGGAUGAAUUUGACGCCUUGCGGCAGGUCUGCUACCUGAAGGCCGACGUCUGCCUGCUCUGCUUCAGCGUGGUUGCCCCUACCUCCUUCCGGAACAUUGCGGACAAGUGGUACCCAGAGGUGCGUCGCCACUGCCCCUCCACGCCAGUGCUGCUGGUGGGAACGCAGUCGGACCUGCGCCAGGACGUCAAGGUGCUGAUUGCCCUCUCCCGGCGCCAGGAGAAGCCGGUGCCUCCGGCCACAGCCCGCUCUCUGGCCGGGAAGCUGGGCCUGGCUGGCUACGUGGAGUGCUCAGCCCUCACCCAGCAGAACCUGAAGGAGGUCUUUGACACCGCCAUUGUGCUGGGGCUGCGGGCCAGCGAGUGCUCCAAGGGGCGGAGGGGCCCCCCCAGCUGCAUCUGGGCCCUUUCCAAGGCCUGGUGGAGCAAGUACGUCUGUGUGCGGUAGCCCUGGGGACAGCAUUGGGGGGCCUCCCGCCCCAGGGAGGGGCCUGGCGCUGGGAUGGAAUCCUCCACUGAUUGCUGCAUCGCUGCCUGAUAGGGGCUGAGCACGCACGAGGGCCCCGUCGAAGCCUGGAGCCUGUGCCCCUCCCACACCAUCCUGCCUUCCUGUCUGCCCUCUGGUGAGCUCAGGUGGGGGGCUGCUUGGGCAGGAGAGGACCCACUGCUGCUCUUCUCCUGCACUGGGGGAAUGGCAAAUCAGGGCUGUCACGCAAAAGGAAAAAAUGGCCCUGGGGUUUAAGGGCAGAACCAAAUGGAACGCCCACCAUCCUCCCAAGUGAUGGUGCAAGGUUUUGACCAAGGACUGAUUUUAUUAUAUUUUUAAACAGAGAUGUAUAAUCGGGUAGUAUGAUUUUUAGAAGUCAAAUGACAUGCUUUAGAAAAUAUGGUUAACAAAACCUUUCAGAGAACAAUGCUAACUGGAUUUUUUUGCUGUUUUUUGUUUACAUAGAUAAAUCCCAGCCCUUAAUCUUGGAGCCCUUGUUUUGACACAGCUUGCUGACAUUUAGCCCUCUUUACAUUGGGAUCCCCCGAGGGUGGGAGGUGGGGGUUAUUAAUCCCAGCCUGGAUUAGCAACAGGUUGCCUCUCUCUGUAUCUGGCUGACCUACCAGCUGUAGUGGCUGUGGCCCCAAAGAAUUGGCAGGAGUGCCCAAUGCCAGCUGAUCUUCCCCAACUUCCCCCCCGCCCGCCACUUGGCAGGGUGCAUGAGCUACCUUUAUGGGUGAAGGAGGAUAGUGUGAUAUCUGUUCUGGCCUAGCAUCCAUUUCCCUGGGUUUUUCUGCAUUCCAUAUUGCCUUUUCUUCCUGCAAUUGUUUGGACAACUGUUAUCUAUUUAAAUGCAUUUUCCCAUAAACAGAGUGUUUGGGACACUCCCUGUGAACCCCAAAGUCUAGGUUCUCAGUGAAGAGAAAAAAAUAUUCUGCACACAUGCAGAAGCACUACAACUUUAAACGUACGGCCUGACAUAUCCCUGGGCAGCAUCAUGUGCUUUGCAUGGUGCAAUGGGGCUUGCAAGGUUAAUAUUAACCAGAACAGGGAAUGGGAGUUAAGCUUUGUUGAUAAAGUCCUAUGAGCGCCAGCAGAUCAGCCUCCCUCCCGCCACCUGCUGUCUGUCCAGGCCCUUUCAAGGCAACCUGUUUCUUCCUCCUCCACUCCUGGAAACUGCCCAACCCAGAAAGGGUGACUCACGCAAGAGCACUGACUUGUUCAAGAUAAAGAAUGGCAGAUGAGGAGGAGAGGGAGGGAAGAGAUCCAGGGCCCAGCGGGUCCUUCUUGAGAGGGUACCUGAGAUGCCAGAAAGAAGGUGACACAUUGUGCUGAGCCCAGGGGCAGGUCCUUUGGUUUGGCAUAGGGAUGGUGUGCAAAUCCAGCCAACGGUGGCUUUUUUGUCUGGAAACCCUGGCUAAACAAGCUAUGGCUUAUGGUAUAUGUAAACUCCAGAAUGGUAGGUGGCCUCUGCCCCUCCCAUUUGUAUCAGAAGUGGGCUUGUGAGUGGGAUUAGGGCACACGUGCCCUGGUGGCUCUCUGAGAUCUACUGGGUCACAGUUGGGGUUAUUUGUGGCCAGUAAGUUUUUUACCCCUGGAUUAAAAUUCAACUUUUU